AUGGGAAUUAGAGAGGACUAUAAAAAGUGGCCUAUUAGAAGGCAGCUUCAAACUACUUUUAUUACAACAGCUUUGAUUAUUGUUGGGGUACUGAUCACUAUAACCCAAUUCCAAUUAGAUUGAUUACGAGACAAAAUGACGGACAAAUCUGACUCAGUCACACAAGACGCUUUGAAUAAUCAUAUAAGCAUUUUAGGACAAGAAAUGGCUUCUUAUGUGCAAACGGAGUUUGCAGGCUACAUUAAAUUUAUAUCAAUUUUUAAAGAUUUAGAGUUACUUAUAUUGGGCCACAAUCAAUACUCAUCUCCACCUAUUGUCCCAAGCUCUCCUGUAUGGCAUGAUAAUAUUCCUUCAUCAAUAGAAGUAUUAGAGGACGGGAUAUAUGUAACUUACAAUACAGGCGUUUUUUAUUCCAGAUAUGCCUCUUCAUUAAGCACAGAUGGCGAAACUUUAGUAGCUAUGGAUGCGGCAAUGGACAAGCUUUACCCUAAAAUGUUUAUGGAAAUGUUUGAUUCUAUAUAUGCUGGAUUUGAGACUGACGAAAUUCUUCAUUUUUACCCUGGGUAUAAAUUCAAUGUAACAGAUUAUUCACCUUUGACGCGAGAAUGGUAUUAUAAAGCCCAUGAUAAUUCAAGCUGAGCAGCCAUUACCCAGCCUUAUCAAGAUGCAGGUUCUCUUAAAUGGAUGUUCACGAUUUCUCAAGCAAUUGUCAUUGAUAAUGCAGUUUAUGGUGUCGUGGCUGCUGAUAUUUUAACACAAAUAAAAUGGCGACGAUACCGACCCGUCCUCUCCCGGAACUGUGGCGAAAUUGGGGACCUUGCUGCGGCCUGAAGCCAAUACGCCCAGGGAAAGGUCUGGAAUGGGUACUGGUAGUUUGUGUCCGGCUAGGUUUCCCUCCCAGUCCAGCAACGACGAUCUUAGGGUCGUCCCGAUAGGACACGGGGCAAAAAGGGUUUUUCCUCUAGGGACCGCUAGUGCCAAUUUGGAGGGCAUUGCAGGAGCCGACAAGAGCUAAGGAGUUAAUCCUUAGCUCUAACCCUAGUCUGGCGACGUGAAGCACGGUGACUCAGUUCGCCUACUUCCGGGACAGCAUGACCAAGCCCCAUGACCGGAAGGAGCUGAGUGGUAGCCUGUGGCACUUAGGUGCACACUGGGAGCAGGGCAAGGAAAGCAAGCGAGGCGUCCAAAAGGCGGAAGAAAAGGACCUUCGGUCCUGGCCGGGAGCCACUCUAUAAAUUUAACUAAGACUAAGACUAAGGCUGCUGAUAUUUUAUUAUUUUUUAUUUUUAUUUUAAUAGUUAUUUUUUCUAUAUAAAUAAAUUAAAUAUUUUUAUUAUAAAAAAGGAUAUUAACUACAAUUACUGAAAAAAUAAAUAGUGUAGUGAUCCUUGACAGCGGAUUUUUGCUAUUAGUUUCUAAUGAAGGACUUGUAAUUAGCAAGCCUGCCUCUUGGAAAAAUAUGGGAGACCCUUUAAGAAUUUAUGAGGAAUCCAAAACAGGGAUUUCAGAAACUCAAUGAAAUUCUUUUAUAGAAGGAAGUUCAACAGAUAUCCAAAAAUUCACAGACAUUAAUGGCACUGAGUACCAUAUGACGGUAUCCAAAGUCACUCCAUAUGAAAAUCUAUCAAAUAUCACCCACUAUCUCUGUACUUGUGUAAAGCAAAAAGAAGCUUAUAAACCUAUAUCAGACAUGAAAGACAACUUUAGAGAUACUUAUGAUGCUAUUUUUUGGGUCAUAGUUGCUAUUGCGAUUGUUACAUUUGUGAUCACGCUCGUUUUGAUUUAUUUUGCUACUAAAAACCUUAGUAGAGAUCUUAAAGAAUUUGAGCUACUUUUUUUGAAAAUCGUAAAUAGAGGACUUUUCCCAGAUAUGACCAAAAAAAUCAGCUUGGAAAGAAUUCAAAAAGCAAGGGAUUUUAUGCCAACUCUGGUGGAUGGGUGUGAAAAAUAUAUAGAUAAUUUAAAAAAUAAGGAAGAAGAAUUUUCGUUUUUUGAGUGGGGAGAUACAAGGCCAUGUGAUAGAUUUUUAUAUGAAAAUUGAUGUAACAAGAUUUAUCCUUUUAAUCUUUAUAAUAGCAAAGAAAUGAGCUGGAGAUUUAUUAUCCCGAAAUUGGAAAUUAUAUCAAAUUCGUUUAAUUUAUUCAAGUAA